AUGCGUUUCAAGCUUUGCUACUAUACCUUGCAGGGUUUUAUGCCUGGUUUUUACACAACGUAUUAACUGUGCACGGAAUUACCAUUGUUGUACCGGUGCCUUUAGAGAGACAUGGCAAACGCAACGUUUGUCACGGCUUUUCUAAAGGUGCGCAUGCUUUUGUACUUGGCAUACCAGUUUUAGCUGUACAUUUCUUUUAUCAGCCCUGGCACUACAUCGCUUACAAACACACUCUACAAUUGCAAGAUAUUUUAGCAAAGCUCAUACUCAUUUAGAUAUUUGCAUUCACAUCCAAAUAACUCAACAGAACACAACACAACACAACACAACACAACACAACACAACACAACACAACACAACACAACACACUAGUACAAGAUAGAGCAAGUCAACUCAUAUUUUAACAAGUACACUUUCCAACAAGUACACUCUCUAGCAGAUAGACCAGCACACCAGCACAUCAUCAAACCAGCACACAAGCAAACAAUGAGUUCAAAGCGUAAUUCAAUGCUCUUACCCACCACCUCAAAAAACACUGACACUACGAGACCAUCUAGAAUGUCGCCCUUAAAUCCAAAUGUUCCUCAGGGGCCCUCGGCCAGUAGCACAUCUACAAACACCGCUACCACUACGCUUGCUGAUAGAAUGGCAAGCCUUGCACAUAAGAGGCCAGUGGCCUCUUUGCAGAAUGGCUCAUUGUCUGCAACCGCGCAGAAAAUAAAUACAAAGCCGGCCAUCUCUUCUGAAGCAUAUGCAAACAUGUCAUUGGCUGCCAGAAUGGCAAUCCUGGCACCCAAGAAGCCCGUGGGCGCUACAAUAACAGGCUCGACAUCUGCCAUUGCACUAAAGAAGAGACACGACUUGAUGGCCGUGACCAUUCACUAUGUUGCAAAGGUCGAAAAGCAAGGGAUAAAGGUAGAUGAGGAGUUUAAGUACGUUUUAAAUAUUCCAAAGACCGCCACUCUUGUUGAUUUAAAGAUUGAAUUUGCCCGCAUUUAUAUUGAGAUGGGCCCAUUCAGCUUUGCAAACAACAAGAGUUAUAAUGUCACAUGGAGCGGGGGCAAGUGCGUUCACGAGUUUACUGAAGCCAGCGGUAAAAGGCUGUUUCUCAAGCUUGAGAAGGGAGCCAGAAUGUUUAAAAUUCCAAAGAGUACCGAGUGGAACAUAAUAAAAAGCGAGACUAGGUUCUAAUAACUACAAGUAUUUGGAUUUAUAAUUUUAUAUUGCACCAAACAGCGGGCCUAAGUUUAAAUUACUGCUAGUCUGUCAUCGACUAGGCGU